ACCCAGCGCCUGCGGUGCGGACUGCCUCUCCCGCCUCCGGCGCGCUCCUGCCCGCGCGCUCCCGCGGACCCGCGCACGCCCGCUGCUGCUCCCUCCGCGCCGCGCAGGCAAACCGCUCUGGGAGCCCGCGGCCGGGGCCCUGGCGUGUAGAGAGGGCCUCGGCGGGCCCCAGCGGCCGGGCGCGGGAGGAUGCGGCCCGGGGCGGCCCGAGAGCUGAGCAGGGUCCCCGCGCCAGCCCCUCGAGGUCCCGGCCUCCGGAGCCGCAGCCGCCGCCCCGCCCCCGGGAGACAUGACUUCCAAGCCGCAUUCCGACUGGAUUCCCUACAGUGUCCUAGAUGAUGAGGGCAGCAACCUGAGGCAGCAGAAGCUUGACCGGCAGCGGGCCCUGUUGGAGCAGAAACAGAAGAAGAAGCGCCAGGAGCCCCUGAUGGUACAGGCCAAUGCAGAUGGGCGGCCCAGAAGCCGGAGAGCCCGGCAGUCAGAGGAGCAAGCCCCCCUGGUGGAGUCCUACCUCAGCAGCAGUGGCAGCACCAGCUACCAAGUUCAAGAGGCCGACUCACUUGCCAGUGUGCAGCUGGGAGCCACCCGCCCACCAGCACCAGCCUCAGCCAAGAAAACCAAGGCAGCAGCUGCAUCAGAGGGCCAGGGCGGGGCCCCUAGGAAGGAGAAGAAGGGAAAGCAUAAAGGCACCAGCGGGCCAGCAACUCUGGCAGAAGACAAGUCUGAGGCCCAAGGCCCAGUGCAGAUCCUGACUGUGGGACAGUCAGACCACGCCAAGGAUGCGGGGGAGACAGCAGCCGGUGGGGGCACACGGCCCAGCGGGCAGGACCUCCGUGCCACGAUGCAGAGGAAGGGCAUCUCUAGCAGCAUGAGCUUUGAUGAGGAAGAGGAUGAGGAUGAAAACAGCUCUAGCUCCUCCCAGCUAAACAGCAACACCCGCCCUAGUUCUGCCACUAGCAGGAAGUCCAUCAGGGAGGCAGCCUCAGCCCCCAGCCCAGCAGCCCCAGAGCCACCGGUAGAUAUUGAGGUCCAGGAUCUAGAGGAGUUUGCACUGAGGCCAGCCCCCCAAGGGAUCACCAUCAAAUGCCGUAUCACUCGGGACAAGAAGGGGAUGGACCGGGGCAUGUAUCCUACCUACUUUCUGCACCUAGACCGUGAGGAUGGCAAGAAGGUGUUCCUCCUAGCGGGCAGGAAGAGAAAGAAGAGUAAAACUUCCAAUUACCUCAUCUCUGUGGACCCAACAGACUUGUCUCGGGGAGGCGACAGCUAUAUUGGGAAAUUGCGGUCCAACCUGAUGGGCACGAAGUUCACCGUUUAUGACAAUGGAGUCAACCCUCAGAAAGCAUCAUCUUCUACACUGGAGAGUGGAACACUGCGCCAGGAGCUUGCAGCUGUGUGCUAUGAGACAAAUGUCCUAGGCUUCAAGGGACCUCGGAAGAUGAGUGUGAUUGUCCCAGGCAUGAAUAUGGUUCAUGAGAGAGUCUGUAUCCGUCCCCGAAAUGAACACGAGACUUUGCUAGCACGCUGGCAGAACAAGAACACAGAGAGCAUCAUUGAGCUGCAGAACAAGACACCAGUCUGGAAUGAUGACACACAGUCCUAUGUACUUAACUUCCAUGGGCGCGUCACACAGGCUUCUGUGAAGAACUUCCAGAUCAUCCAUGGCAAUGACCCGGACUACAUCGUCAUGCAGUUUGGCCGGGUAGCAGAAGAUGUGUUCACCAUGGAUUACAACUACCCGCUGUGUGCACUGCAGGCCUUUGCCAUUGCUCUGUCCAGCUUUGACAGCAAGCUGGCCUGCGAGUAAAGGCCCCCUCUGCCUUUAGGGUGGCCCAGUCCGGAGUGGAGCUUGCCUGCCUGCCAAGACAGCCCUGCCUACCCUCUGUUCAUAGGCCCUCAGUGGCCUCUCUGGCCUUACCAACCAGAAGCUGGCUGUUCUGCCUCUGCUGCUGAAGCAGGGGAAUAGCAAAUGGGUACAAGGGAAAAGAGUAUUUCUGUGCCCCAGGGUCAACACACAUACCCAGUCUUGGGUCAAUACCCUGCCGCAGUCAUGUUUGCCAUACUGGGCAGCCUCUUCAGCUGGAGGUACAGAGGGAGAGGAAGCACAAGCAGGGCUGCUGUGGCCCAGCCAUCCACUCAGCCUAUAAGUCAGAGGAUAAUGGGUGUCCCAGGAGAUAGGGGUAUAGUGUUUGUAUAGGGUACUUGAGCUUUAUGUAGCAAAAGUCCCGGUCAGCAGAAAGUACUCCCACUUCAAAAGGGCCCAUUAGGCCUAAGGGAAGUUGGGAGAUGGUAGGGAUAGGCGAGUGGCAGGACCUUACUAGGAUUGCAGGGACCUGGCUGUGUGAAUUAACUGGUAGCUUGGAGUGCUAGCUCAUUCAUGGCUUCAGAUUUGCCCAGUGAUUGCAGAAGCAAGAACCCAACUCUCAAGGCCAAAUUCUCUGAAUGGAUGGGGGUUAGAGAGCUCGUCUAGUAGGCUCCCUACAUAGGGGUCUUUCAUGCUGAACAGCCCCAGCACAACACCUAUGACACAUACAUGGGAUCUAGGUCACCAUUUAAGUGAUGGCAUGCUUCAAGAAGAAUGUCCUCUCUGGGAAGACCCAGCUCCCAUUGUUGCCAGCAUCCCAUGAUCAGUGAGGGCUGCAUGCCAUUCUUAGAGGAAUGGAGUAGGGUGGGGAGAGCAGAGGAUAUGUUAGGGGCACAAGAGAGCCCAGAGGUGAUAGAUGAUACUCUGUGAGGUUCACCAAAAGCACUGCUGAUCCCUGAGAACUUGUCUCUUAGUUACCUAACUGGUUAGUGGCAGAGUCCAGAACCUUAAGUUCCUUUGUUCCUGCUGUUGCCAGAAACUAGACUCUCUGGCCUUCCGGGGUCAAUUCUGCAUGCCCUUUCCCAUCACAAUUCCAGAGACCCAAGACCCUCAGAGUUAAUGUAUAAGGCUGAAAACCUUUCCGUAGGGAAUCAGGCAGUUCCCUGUUGAAAGUUGUCUGAGUUUUUGUACAGCAUUCUGAUUUGAUGUGGCCUGUGCCUGGCCCCUCUAUGAGGGCUUCGAGCUGUGUGCAGACCUCAGAAGGACCAUUGCACACUCUGUAUAGAUGUUACAGGCAGCCCGAGGGUUACGAGGCUGGGCCUGGACAUCCCCUCCACUGCCACUUUUCCUUGGAUAGCACCACUCAUCUGGUGGGCUUGGGAACUCCAAGCGCUUGCCCAUGUGUCAUUUACGAGAAGCUUCUUGCCUAGAUGGAUAAGAAACCAGUGGAAAGCAAAGAGCAUUUAGCCAUUGCCUCUUGCUUUAAAAUAGAUAUGCUUAGAAAAGCUAAGUAGAAAUUUUUAAAGUCAUGCUUCGAGUAUGUGAGUGAGGCUGUACGGGUAGGAAAGCUGGAUUGAUGUAAAUGGAGUUAGUACUUCAAAAAGACCUAGAAUAUGUUCCUAUGUUGGACACUUGAAGCAAGGCACACCUGCUGUAGCAGGAUCUGACAAACCUGAGCCAUACAUGCCAUGAGAGGACCCUCCAGUGAGUUAGCCUUUGUUUACAGUCUAGUUUCUAGAAGGCAGUAGGACUACCAUGCUGGGACUAGCCUAUCUCCUGAUGAACGAUUACAGUGCCAUCUCCUUCCCAUAGUUCUGUGUUUCUCCUCCCCCCCCCCCCCCACUUUAUAAGAAAUCUGCUGACAUUAGAGGUGAUAGAAACCAGGUCUUCUUUCUGGUCAAGCUCCUCCUCUGGGUUUACAGUUUUAAGGUUAAACAGGCUGAUUCUGUAAUCUAGUGAGUGGAGGGGGUCCUGGUGGUGAGAGUGUAACUGGAAGCACAAUGGAGAAUUCUUGGCCUCUGCUCUCUACUUUAGCACACAAAAAGGGGUACUGGCUCUUUGAAUAUAAUUUGGUAGCACCAGGAAGUAGGCUGAACCUUGUAGCCCACUGUGGAGAAAAGCAGCCUCAGCACAAACCCCUCUAUUGGGCACCGAGUGUCAAGACCACCCUCACAAGGUCGGAUUUUAAGACUCAACUCCUGGUGACAUUGCCUUUUGCCUGGGUUCAGCCUCUGCCAGAGUAAGAUUUCUUACACUUCAUACUUCUUCUCCUAGUUGGUCCUUGGCUGGGCAGCAAAUGGAUGGGAUGUAGUCUGUAUGAGUGCAGGACAGCUGGAACUUUAGGCAGCUCCUCUGUAUGCUACUGGCUCUAACCCUACAACCUCCACCCUCUGCUCCAAACAGUUCUUCGCAGAGUGGUGCUGUUAGCUUCCCCAUCUCUUCUCCAAGUCUAGCUUUUUCUGUCCUUCUGGCUCCAAGGUGCUCUGUGUCCAUCUGUGUGUGCGUGUGUCUCUGUAGGAAAGGCAAUCUGCAAACAAUCAGCAGAAGCUGACGAUCACAUCAGGAAAAGAAUACGGAGGCAGUUGUGACCACUGUGAAUUAUGUCCCUUCAUUCCAAGCUCUUUCUCCCAUGGUUCUGAGCAGAGGACUCCCAAGGAAGUGUAGUGUCAGUCUCAUUGGAGGAGGAGCUGAGAUAUGCAUCCUUUCAAAAGAGCAUGGUGUAGUGAUGGUGCCUUAACAAUCUUGACACUAAGGGGAAGCAAGCAAGGAAGGUGCAUGCCUAUGGAAGACAGAUGUUGGAAGCCAAGAAGUGUGCUGACAGGCUGGAAGAGAACUUUUGGUAAACCUACUUUCUUCAGUGAUAAGGCAACAAUGUUAAAAAAUGCUUUUGUUGUUGUUUUCUCCUUUUCUGGAAAUGGCAGGGUAUUUGCCUCAAAACUUUAUGGAGAAGUAGUUCUAAGUUUAACAAGCAAUAGGGAUGACUGCUCAGAUGGGGUCUGUAGGAAGAAGCUGUCCACAGCUCUGCUCUGCAAGCACAACGCCUGUCUGAGAAGGACAGCCUGGUUUCCUCUUCUCGGCAGCCCUGGCCUACCCUUCUCUGUACUCCUUGCCCCAGCUACAAUGUCCUCACAGGAUUUCAGGAUGUCAGGUGCCAUCAGAGCAUGCUUUCUUGUGGUGCCUAGCACUGUGACUGGGGCCCAACUGCCCUGCAGAGUUGGGACCUUACACUGCCCUAGGCCCUGGCUUAUAGACCUGCUCUAGUCUCCAGAGCAGGCUAUGGGAUAGAUUUUUAUUUCAGUUUAAGGACACCUGCCCUUCUUCACUUCCAGUUUGCAAUUUUCUGUCAUUUCAAGAUCUUAAGAAGUAUUGUGAUGGGUCUGAGUUUUCAGCGCAGAGGCGAGUUGGUCUAGGAGAACACAACUGCACUGAGCAGCUAGAGCAUUUGAGCAAACUACAUAUUCUCUGUCUGUUUCCUUAGCUGCAAGAUGCAGGCCUACCAAAGCUUGCUAGAGGAGUUAGGGUUAGUGAAGGUUAAUCCUUGCUCUCAUCACUACCUUUCCUAGGUCAUCACUGUGCCUUCUUUCUUUCCUAAGAAAGACACUGCACCCCUCUGUUCUCCUGCCCCUCCUCCCUCACUGAGAUCCAGGUAGAGCUGGAGAUGAGGCUGAAAUGUAGGUCUAUAGAACACCUCAGAGGAGCGUAGAAGGAGACACAGCUCCAGCCUCCUGGACCCCGCACUGGUGACCCGCUUGGUGAGGAUAGGCAGCAUUUCUCUUGCUGGGAGCACACUUAGCCAGUUUUCAUGCCUAGAACAUGUAUGUCGAUUUGCACAUGACUGUCUUUUCCUAUUUUGGAGUGGUCAGACAUUUUAUUUUUGUUCAAAAUUAUCUGGAGUUUUAGACAAACUUGCAAAACUGUGCUUUUAUUAAGUGACUUUUUGAAUAAACUUUUUGGUAUUCUGAAGCAAAUGUAUUUAUUUAUUGGUAUGUGCAAUGACAAACUUGGUAUUUUCCCAUAAUGACAUUAUGUAUGUUAUAGAAUUUAGUGUUUGUCUAAGUACAGACAUGUAUCAACAAAUUAAACUUGAACUGUUUCA